CAUUAAAUCGGCAACAUGAACCGAACGACGGCAGCCAAUUCGCAUUGGCUGGCCGCAUUGCUGUUGCUGCUGGUGGUGCUGGCAUUGCAUGGCCAGACAACCACGGCGGAUGAGGCAUUCUCCUGUCCAAAUGGCUGGGAACUGCGCGGUUUAAAUUGUUAUAAAUAUUUUAACAUCAAGCAUUCGUGGGAGAAAAGCGCCGAACUGUGUCGAAGAUAUGGCGCCGAGUUAGUUGCCAUAGACAGCUAUGCGGAAAAUAAUGAAACCCUAACGAUAGCGCGUGCCAGCGAUCCCAAUCAGCGCGCCUCGGACAAAUACUGGCUGGGAUUGGCCUCGCUGGAUGAUCUGCGCACAAAUACGCUCGAGUCGGCGUCGGGUGCGUUGAUUUCACAGUACUCUGGUUUCUGGUCGCUGCAGCAGCCAAAAGCCGAAUCUGGAGAAUGUGUGGCAGCUAGCUUUGCCAGCAAAACACAAAGCUGGGAUCUGGGCACCUGCGAGUCGCUGCUGCCGUUUAUGUGUCGCGCGGCUGCUUGUCCACAAGGCGCGCUGCACUGCGCCAAUGGCAAAUGCAUUAAUCAGUCAUUCAAGUGCGACGGCAGCGACGAUUGCGGCGAUGGCACUGAUGAGUUGGACUGUCCAGCGCAGUGUCAUUACCACAUGCAGUCGGGUGGUGAUGUUAUUGAAACACCCAACUAUCCACACAAAUAUGGCGCGUUGAGCAAAUGCAAAUGGACGCUUGAGGGUCCCUUGGGCAGUAACAUUAUACUGCAGUUCCAGGACUUUGAAACAGAAAAGACUUUCGAUACCGUCCAAAUUCUUGUGGGUGGACGCACUGAAGACAAGUCCGUGUCGCUGGCUACGCUCAGCGGCAAACAGGAGCUGAGCACGCAGCCUUUUGUCUCCGCUUCCAACUUUAUGAUUGUCAAGUUCACUACUGACGGCAGCGUGGAGCGUAAGGGCUUCCGCGCCACCUGGAAAACUGAGGCCAAGAGCUGCGGCGGCAACUUGAAGGCUACGCUGCAGCGUCAGCUGCUAACCAGCACCAACUAUCCCAAACAGUAUCCCGGCGGACAAGAAUGUCUGUAUGUCAUCAAGGCGCAACCCGGACGCAUUAUUUCAAUUGAGCUGGAUGAUCUGGACAUUGCUGAGCAGCGUGAUUAUUUGCUUAUACGUGAUGGUGACUCGCCCAUGAGUCGCACCAUUGCCAAGCUAACAGGCAAGACCUCGCAAAACGAACGCAUCAUCAUAUCCACGGGCAAUGCUUUGUAUCUGUACUUCAAGUCUAGUCUGGGCACAGCCGGCAAGGGCUUCAGUCUGCGUUAUAUACAAGGCUGCAAAGCAACUAUUACGGCUAGAAAUGGCACGGUUACGUCACCGGCCUUUGGUCUUGCGGACUAUCCCAAAAACCAGGAAUGUUACUUUACCAUACGCAAUGCAGCACGUGCACCACUUUCGCUUAAGUUCGACAAGUUUACGGUGCACAAGAGCGAUCAGGUGCAGGUCUACGAUGGCUCGUCCACUUCUGGCUUGCGUCUGCACUCCGGCAAUGGCUUUACGGGCACGGCAGCGCCCAAGCUAACGCUGACUGCUUCCUCUGGUGAAAUGCUUAUCAAGUUUACUUCGGACGCGCUGCACAAUGCGGCGGGUUGGUCGGCCACCUUCUCGGCUGACUGUCCGGAGUUGCAGCCCGGCAUGGGCGCUUUGGCCUCCAGUCGCGACACGGCCUUCGGCACGCUGGUCAGCUUCACAUGUCCCAUUGGACAGGAGUUUGCCACCGGCAAGACGCGUCUGGUAACGGAAUGUUUGCCCGGUGGCAACUGGAGUGUCUCCUACAUACCAAAGUGUCAGGAGGUCUACUGCGGUCCUGUGCCACAAAUCGACAACGGCUUCUCCAUAGGCAGCUCGAAUGUAACUUAUCGCGGCAUUGCCAUGUAUCAAUGCUAUGCAGGAUUUGCUUUUGCCUCAAAUGAACCGAUUGAAAAGAUAAGCUGCCUGCCCGAUGGACGCUGGGAGCGUCAGCCACACUGCAUGGCCUCCCAGUGCGCAGCGCUGCCCGAAGUGCCACAUGCCAAUAUGACGCUGCUGAAUGGCGGCGGACGCAGCUACGGCACCAUAGUGCAAUAUGAAUGUGAGCCUGGCUAUGAGCGCAAUGGACAUCCCGUGUUGACCUGCAUGUCCAAUGGCACCUGGAGCGGUGAAGUGCCUCGCUGCACGCGCAAGCGUUGCUACGAGUUCCCCACCAUUGACAACGGCUUUGUUGUGGACACCAACCGUGAAUACAUGUAUGGAGAUGAGGCUAGGGUGCAGUGCUUCAAGGGCUACAAGCUGAUUGGCAGCAACAUCAUGCGCUGCAGCGAUACGCAACGCUUCGAGCAGCCGCCCACAUGCGAGGACAUCAACGAGUGCAGCUCCACGCAAUGUGAUCUCAGCACCACCGAGUGCCUGAACACCAAUGGCAGCUUCCAUUGUCAGUGCCGUGCCGGCUUUAGUGCCACCACCGAGUGCAGACCAGUUGGAGACUUGGGUUUGGGCAAUGGCGGCAUUCCAGACGAUAGCAUUACCACAUCCACUAGUGAGGCUGGUUACAGCAAGAAUAUGCUGCGUCUCAAUGGCAAUGGCUGGUGUGGCGCCAGCUUGGAGCCCGGCGUCAAUUGGGUAUUGAUUGAUCUCAAGGCACCCACCAUUCUACGUGGUUUCCGCACCAUGUCCGUGCAGCGUCCAGAUGGCAAUGUCGCCUUUAGCGCUGCAGUGCGUCUGCAGUACACCAAUGAGUUCACCGAUGUGUUCAAGGACUACGCUAAUCCCGAUGGCACUGCUGUCGAGUUUAGAAUUCUGGAGCCUACGCUUUCUAUACUGAAUCUUCCACUGCCCAUUGAAGCGCGCUAUGUGCGCUUCCGCAUUCAGGAUUAUGUGGGUGCGCCUUGCCUGCGCAUGGAGCUCAUGGGCUGCACGCGCUUGGACUGCGUCGACAUCAACGAGUGCGCCAAACAGAACGGCGGCUGCGAUCAAAAGUGCAUCAAUUCUCCUGGUGGCUAUGCCUGCGCCUGCAACACAGGCUAUCAGCUCUACACCUCCAACGGCACUGCUGGCUACCACAUUGAACGCUCCGAGUCGGGCGAACGCGAUGGCGACACCUAUCAACGCAACAAGACUUGUGUGCCCGUCAUGUGCCCGCAGCUCCAAGCGCCGGAGAACGGACAAUUGCUAAGCGAACGCAGCGACUAUCACUUUGGUGAUGUGGUGCGCUUCCAGUGCCACUUUGGCUACAUCAUGAGCGGCAGCUCUGUCGCCUUGUGCCUCUCCAGCGGUCAAUGGAACGCUACUGUGCCGGAAUGCAAUUAUGCCAAGUGCGUUUCCUUGCCUGAUGACAAGCUGGAAGGCUUGACUGUUGCUCGACCUGAUCCCGAGUCCGUCUUGGUGCCUUUCCGUGAUAAUGUAACCAUCAGCUGCGGCUCCGCCGGACGUCAGCUGCGUACUACAGCCUCCGCUGGCUUCCGCCAGUGCGUCUACGAUCCCAAGCCUGGUCUACCCGAUUACUGGCUGUCUGGCAUGCAGCCCUCUUGCCCACGCGUUGACUGUUAUGCGCCCAUGCCCACACCUGGAGCGGAGUAUGGACAAUUUGUGGACACGCGUUAUCAGAGCAGCUUCUUCUUUGGCUGCCAGAAUACAUUCAAGUUGGCUGGACAGACGCAGCGUCAUGACAAUGUCGUGCGUUGUGGCUCCGAAGGCAUUUGGGACUUUGGCGACUUGCGCUGCGAGGGACCCGUGUGCGAGGAUCCGGGCAGACCAGCGGACGGACGUCAGCUGGCGCGCAGCUACGAGCAAAGCUCUGAAGUGUUCUUUGGCUGCAAUCGUCCUGGCUACAUAUUGAUUAAUCCACGUCCAAUUACGUGCAUACGUGAGCCGGAAUGCAAAGUGAUACGUCCGUUGGGCUUGAGCUCUGGACGCAUACCCGACUCGGCUAUCAAUGCCACCUCCGAGCGUCCCAACUAUGAAGCGAGGAAUAUACGUUUGAACUCUGCCACUGGCUGGUGCGGCAAGCAGGAAGCCUUCACCUAUGUGAGCGUGGAUUUGGGACAGAUCUAUCGUGUCAAGGCUAUACUGGUUAAGGGCGUCGUUACCAACGACAUUGUGGGUCGCCCCACUGAAAUACGCUUCUUCUACAAGCAGUCGGAGUCGGAGAACUAUGUCGUCUACUUCCCCAACUUCAAUCUCACGAUGCGUGAUCCAGGCAACUACGGCGAGCUGGCUAUGAUUACACUACCCAAAUAUGUGCAGGCGCGCUUUGUCAUCUUGGGCAUUGUCAGCUAUAUGGACAAUGCCUGCCUGAAGUUCGAGCUGAUGGGCUGUGAGGAGCCCAAAGUGGAGCCACUGCUGGGCUACGACUACGGCUAUUCGCCCUGUGUGGACAACGAGCCGCCCAUCUUCCAGAACUGCCCACAGCAGCCCAUAGUGGUGCGCCGUGAUGAAAACGGCGGCGUGCUGCCCGUGAACUUCACCGAGCCCACAGCUGUAGACAACUCCGGCUCCAUAGCACGUCUGGAGAUCAAGCCACAGAACUUCCGCACACCCAGUCACAUCUUCAAGGAUACAGUUGUUAAGUACGUAGCCUUUGACUACGAUGGCAAUGUGGCCAUCUGCGAGAUUAACAUAACCGUGCCGGAUGUCACUCCGCCAUUGCUGCAGUGCCCGCAGAGCUACGUCAUUGAGCUGGUGGAUCGCCAGGAGAGCUACAAUGUCAACUUUAAUGACACACGCAAGCGCAUCAAGACUUCCGAUGAAACGGGUGAAGUGCGUCUGCUGUUCACGCCGGAGCGUGCAACCAUUAAGAUUGGCAACUUUGAGAAUGUCACGGUAACCGCAACGGACAAGUUCAACAACAAGGCCAGCUGUCACUUCCAGGUUUCGGUGCAGGCUUCGCCUUGCGUGGAUUGGGAACUGCAGCCGCCGGCAAAUGGGCAAAUCAACUGUUUGCCAGGUGAACGUGGCUUGGAGUGCAUUGCCACCUGCAAGCCUGGCUAUCGCUUUACGGACGGUGAACCACUGAAGACCUUUAGCUGUGAGACUUCCCGCCUGUGGCGUCCCACAUCUGUAGUGCCCGAUUGUGUUUCCGAGAAUACGGAGCAGGCGGCUUAUCAUGUCACCGCCACGAUCACCUAUCGCGCCAAUGGAGCUGUUGCCCAGAGCUGUCUGGGUCAGUACCAGGAUGUGCUUGCCCAACACUACGCCGGACUCAAUCAGCUGCUGUCGCAGCGCUGCUCCGCCGUCAAUGUUAAUAUGAAUGUCACCAUACUCAAGUCGGUGCCUGCGCUGCUCGAAGAGAAUGUGGUCAAGAUGGAUUUCAUUUUAUCUAUACUCCCAGCUGUGCGUCAGCCUCAGCUCUACGAUCUGUGCGGCUCCACUUUGAAUUUGAUCUUCGAUCUGAGCGUUCCCUAUGCCAGCGCCGUCAUCGAUUCCCUGCUCAGCAUCAACAACAUAGGCAACCAAUGUCCACCACUACGUGCGCUCAAGUCCAACAUCUCGCGCGGCUUCAACUGCAAUGUGGGUGAAGUGCUCAACAUGGACACCAGCGAUGUGCCGCGCUGUCUGCACUGCCCAGCGGGCACUUAUGUGUCCGAGGGCCAGAAGAGCUGCAGCUACUGCCCACGUGGCUAUUAUCAGAAUCGCGAUCGUCAGGGCACUUGUCUGCGCUGCCCAGCGGGCACCUAUACCAAGGAGGAGGGCUCCAAGUCGCAAGCGGAUUGCAUACCUGUCUGCGGCUACGGCACUUACUCGCCAACGGGUCUGGUGCCUUGUCUGGAGUGUCCACGCAACUCGUUUACCGCUGAGCCGCCCACCGGUGGCUUCAAGGAUUGCCAGGCAUGUCCAGCACAGUCAUUUACCUACCAGCCCGCUGCCUCCAGCAAGGCGCUCUGCCGCGCCAAAUGCGCUGCCGGCACUUACUCCGCCACUGGUCUGGCGCCUUGCUCCAACUGUCCACUGCAUCAUUACCAGAGCGCUGUCGGCGCUCAGAACUGCAACGAGUGUCCCAGCAAUAUGCGCACCGAAGCCGCCGGCUCCAAGGGACGCGAGCAGUGCAAGCCUGUCGUCUGUGGUGAAGGCGCCUGCCAGCAUGGCGGACUCUGCGUGCCCAUGGGCCAUGAUGUGCAAUGCUUCUGCCCCGCGGGCUUCAGUGGACGUCGCUGCGAAACGGACAUCGAUGAAUGCGCCUCCCAACCCUGCUACAAUGGUGGACAGUGCAAGGACUUGCCUCAGGGCUAUCGCUGCGAGUGUGCGCCAGGCUAUGCCGGCAUCAAUUGCCAGGAGGAGACCACCGAUUGCGCCAACGACACUUGCCCCGCAAGAGCGAUGUGCAAAAACGAACCUGGACGUGGCAAUGUCACCUGCCUCUGCCGCAGCGGCUACACUGGCGAUCAAUGCGAUGUCACUAUUGAUCCCUGCACAGCUAAUGGCAAUCCUUGUGGUAAUGGCGCCAGCUGUUUGGCGCUGCAGCAGGGACGCUACAAGUGCGAGUGCCUGCCAGGCUGGGAGGGCAUGCACUGCGAGCGUAAUAUUGACGACUGUGCGGAGCAGCCUUGUCUGCUAGGCGCCGCCUGCACGGAUCUGGUCAACGACUUCCAAUGCUCGUGUCCACCUGGAUUUACUGGCAAGCGUUGCGAGCAGAAGAUCGAUCUCUGCCUGGCUGAGCCUUGCAAGCAUGGCGCUUGCGUGGAUCGUCUCUAUGCACAUGAGUGCAUCUGUGAGCCUGGCUGGAGCGGCGCUGCCUGCGACAUCAACAUCGAUGACUGCUCGGAGCGUCCGUGCGCCAAUGAAGGUCAGUGCGUGGAUCUGGUUAAUGGCUAUGCCUGCAACUGCGAGCCUGGCUAUACGGGCAAGAACUGUCAGCACCACAUUGACGACUGCGCCUCCAAUCCUUGCCAGCAUGGUGCCAGCUGCGUGGAUCAGCUCGACGGCUACAGCUGCAAGUGCCGUCCAGGCUAUGUGGGUUUGAGCUGUGAAGCGGAAAUCGAUGAGUGCUUGAGUGAUCCUUGCCAUCCCGUGGGCACGGAGCGCUGCCUGGAUCUGGACAAUCGCUACGAGUGUGUUUGCCGUGAUGGCUUCACGGGCACGCUCUGCGAAACGGACAUUGAUGACUGCGCUGCCGAGCCUUGCUUGAAUAACGGCAUUUGCCGCGAUCGCGUUGGCGGCUUUGAAUGCGGCUGCGCUCCUGGCUGGAGCGGCAUGCGCUGCGAGCAGCAGGUGACCAGCUGCCAGCAGCAGUCGCCUUGCCAGAACGCUGCCAAGUGCAUUGAUCUGUUCCAGGACUACUUCUGCGUUUGCCCCAGCGGCACCGAUGGCAAGAACUGCGAAACGGCGCCGGAACGCUGCAUUGGCAAUCCUUGCAUGCACGGCGGCAAGUGCCAGGACUACGGCAGCGGCUUGAACUGCAGCUGUGCCGCGGACUUCACGGGCAUUGGCUGCCAGUACGAAUACGAUGCUUGCGAGGCUCAUGUCUGCCAGAAUGGCGCCAGCUGCUUGGACAAUGGCGCUGGCUACAGCUGCAACUGUGCUCCUGGCUUCACUGGCACGAACUGCGAGCAGGACAUACCCGACUGCAAGGAUAACUCGUGUCCACCUGGCGCCAGCUGCGUGGACUUGACCAACGGCUUCUAUUGUCAGUGUCCGUUUAAUAUGACGGGCGAUGAUUGCCGCAAGGCUAUACAAGUGGAUUACGACUUGUACUUCAGUGAUCCCGCACGCUCCACAGCUGCUCAGGUGGUGCCAUUUGCUACGGGUGAAGCCAACAGUUUGACUGUGGCCAUGUGGGUGCAGUUUGCUCAAAAGGACGACACUGGCAUCUUCUUUACGCUCUACGGCGUGGAGUCCGCCAGGUUAACCCAGCGACGUCGCAUGUUGCUGCAGGCUCACUCCAGCGGCGUGCAGGUGUCGCUCUUUGAGGAUCUACCCGAUGUGUUCCUUAGCUUUGGUGAAUACACAGCCGUUAACGAUGGACAAUGGCAUCAUGUGGCCGUAGUCUGGGAUGGCCUAAGCGGCCAGCUGCAGCUCAUUACCGAGGGAUUGAUUGCCAGCAAGUUGGAGUAUGGCGCUGGUGGUGCUUUGCCCGCUUAUCUGUGGUCCGUGCUGGGACGUCCUCAACCCGAUGGACUGCGUCAGCAGCAGGGCUACAGCGAUGCUGGCUUCCAGGGCACCAUAACCAAGUCGCAGCUGUGGGCGCGUGCUCUGGACAUUACCUCCGAGCUGCAGAAGCAAGUGCGCGACUGUCGCUCCGAGCCCGUGCUCUACGCCGGACUUAUACUCAACUGGGCUGGCUAUGAGGUAACCACUGGCGGCGUCGAACGCAAUGUGCCUUCGCUCUGCGGUCAACGCAAGUGCCCAGUGGGCUACACUGGCGCCAACUGUCAGCAGUUGGUUGUGGAUAAGGAGCCGCCAGUUGUCGAGCACUGCCCAGGCGAUCUCUGGGUCAUUGCCAAGAACGGCAGCUCUGUUGUGACCUGGGAUGAGCCACACUUUAGCGACAAUAUUGGUGUGACCAAGAUCUAUGAGCGCAAUGGACAUCGCUCCGGCACAACGCUGCUCUGGGGCACCUACGACAUCACCUACAUUGCCUCCGAUGCUGCCGGCAACACAGCCAGCUGCAACUUCAAGGUCUCACUGCUAACUGACUUCUGUCCACAAUUGGCUGAUCCUGUUGGCGGCUCUCAGGUGUGCAAGGACUGGGGCGCUGGCGGUCAGUUCAAGGUAUGCGAAAUUGCCUGUAAUGCUGGUCUGCGCUUCUCGGAGCCUGUGCCCGAGUUUUAUACCUGUGGCGCUGAAGGCUUCUGGCGUCCCACACGUGAGCCCGCCAUGCCUUUGGUUUAUCCCAGCUGCUCGCCUGCGAAGCCCGCCCAGCGUGUGUUCCGCAUCAAGAUGCUGUUCCCCUCGGAUGUGCUCUGCAACAAGGCUGGACAAGCUGUGCUGCGCCAGAAGGUCACCAACUCGGUCAACUCGUUGAACAGAGACUGGAACUUCUGCUCCUACGCUAUUGAAGGCACACGCGAGUGCAAGGACAUACAAAUCGAUGUGAAAUGCGAUCAUUAUCGCGCUGCUCAGAACAAUCGCGUGCGUCGCCAGGUGAAGGAUGGCGGCGUCUAUGUCAUGGAAGCCGAACUUCCUGUGGUCAACGAUGAGGACGAUGAGGAGCUGACGGGUCGCCAGGGACGGCAACAGACUGGCGGCGAUACAUAUACGCUGGAAAUAGCCUUCCCGGCUGUUAACGAUCCGGUGGUGCAUACAUCGACGGGUGAGCGCGCCAGCGUCAAGCAGCUGCUGGAGAAGCUUAUACUGGAGGACGAUCAGUUUGCUGUGCAGGAUAUUUUGCCCAAUACUGUGCCAGAUCCCGCUUCGCUGGAGCUAGGCUCGGAGUACGCCUGUCCCGCCGGCCAGGUGGUCAUGAUUCCCGACUGUGUGCCCUGCGCCAUUGGCACUUACUACGAUGCGGCCAACAAGACUUGCGUCGCCUGCGCACGCGGCACUUAUCAAUCCGAGGCGGGUCAGCUGCAGUGCAGCAAGUGUCCCAGCAUAGCAGGACGUCCAGGUGUCACAGCUGGUCCAGGCGCACGCAGCGCUGCUGACUGCAAGGAACGCUGCCCAGCUGGCAAAUACUUCGAUGCCGAAACUGGACUGUGCCGCUCCUGCGGUCAUGGCUUCUAUCAGCCGAAUGAAGGCGCCUUUAGCUGCGAGUUGUGCGGACUGGGACAGACCACACGCUCCACGGAGGCAAGCUCGCGCAAGGAGUGCCGCGAUGAGUGCAGCUCGGGUCAGCAACUGGGCGCCGAUGGACGCUGUGAGCCUUGCCCACGUGGCACGUAUCGCCUGCAGGGUGUGCAGCCUUCCUGCGCCAGCUGCCCGCUGGGACGCACUACACCCAAGGUGGGCGCCAGCUCAGUCGAGGAGUGCACGCUGCCUGUUUGCUCGCCCGGCACAUAUCUCAACUCUACGCUCAACAUGUGCAUCGAGUGCCGCAAGGGCUUCUAUCAGUCCGAGUCGCAGCAGACGAGCUGCAUCCAAUGCCCGCCCAAUCAUAGCACCAAGAUACAAGGCGCCACCUCCAAGAGCGAGUGCACCAAUCCCUGCGAGCACAUUGCCGAGGGCAAGCCACACUGCGACGUCAAUGCCUACUGCAUUAUGGUGCCCGAGACCUCGGACUUCAAGUGCGAGUGCAAGCCCGGCUUCAAUGGCACCGGCAUGGCCUGCACGGAUGUGUGCGAUGGCUUCUGUGAGAACUCUGGCGCUUGCGUUAAGGAUCUUAAGGGCACGCCGUCGUGUCGCUGCGUCGGCUCGUUCACUGGCCCACACUGCGCUGAGCGCUCCGAGUUCGCUUACAUUGCUGGCGGCAUUGCGGGCGCUGUCAUCUUCAUCAUCAUCAUUGUGCUGCUCAUCUGGAUGAUCUGCGUGCGCUCCACCAAGCGUCGCGAUCCCAAGAAGAUGCUCACCCCCGCCAUCGAUCAGACUGGCUCGCAGGUCAACUUCUACUACGGCGCACACACGCCCUAUGCGGAGUCCAUAGCGCCCUCGCAUCAUAGCACCUAUGCGCACUACUACGACGACGAGGAGGAUGGCUGGGAGAUGCCCAACUUCUACAAUGAAACCUACAUGAAGGAUGGUCUACAUGGUGGCAAGAUGAGCACGCUGGCUCGCUCCAAUGCGUCGCUCUAUGGAACUAAAGAAGACUUAUACGAUCGACUGAAACGUCACGCUUACACGGGCAAGAAAGAAAAGAGUGACAGUGAUAGCGAAGUGCAGUAAGCAAAAUCAAGGAACAUAUAAUUUAAUAAAAACAAACAACUUUAAAAUGCGGCUUUAAAUGUAAAACGUGGUCAUAAUGCAGCGGCAAGAAGGAAACGGACUAAACACUGCCCAUAAUAAUAACGAAUACUCAUUGAAAUUGGAAAGAGCUUUGCAUUGAAUUGUCGUAAACGUUGAUUACGCGGCUUAAUGCAGAGCUGCCUCAAGCUGCAGAACGAACAAAACAAAAACAAAAAAUAAAAAGUAAUAGAAUUGUUUAAAAUUAGUAAACUACAAAAUGUGCUCUAAACAGAAAAACAAAAAGAACAGAAAUUAAGUCGAACUUAUAGAACUAUAACAUAAAUGAAAUUAAAUUGUUUUAAUUUGUAAGUAUUAUUUACCUAUACACAAAAAAGAGUAAAACAAAUAAGCAAAUUAUGAAAUUACCUACAGCUUGUAGCUGAGGUACUAAAAUUGCAAUAAUAUUUUAAUUUACUU